UGAAAUCGGCUUACCAUGAAACUCCUCGCAUUCAUCCUAUCUGCUGUAGCCGUCGUGGCUGGAGCUCCCAUGGGCUCCGGACCCGCAGAAGCAGUUGAUAUCUCCUCCCGCGCUCCAAAUGCAGGAAACCCAGGCUUCUAUUACUGCAAAGACGCAAACUUUGAGAACACAUGUACAUAUUCCACUACUGAGGGUGGAGUGUGCAUUACCUUUGCGCCGGGUGACGCGUGGAUCGAUAAUAUUUCGUCGGUGCGCCCGGAUAUCGGCAUGACCUGCACGCUUUAUUCUGCGGUUGGAUGCAAAGGAGAUUCUCUCCCUGUUACCGAAGAGAUACCGGACCUUCUUCCGUUGGGAUGGAAUGAUCUAACGCGUUCUUACAAGUGCGCCAGGAGGUGAGGGGAAGGUGUAGGAGUACUAUUGUUGCUGCAUAAGUCUUCUCUGCCAUCUCCCGUAGCAUCAUGUGUGGAGUAUAGUGCACAUUAAAGAGCUUCAUCGUUGUCAAAGGUAACAGCAGUGGCCAAUCUGUGUCUCGUGGCCAUGGUCGCGUAUCGCUAUUGCUUGCAGAUAAAUCAGUGGCCAAGCGACAGUCGUUCAGAG